GAGUUGGCAGUAGACCAAUUGGCAAUUUACGGUCCCGAGAGUCUUCUACUUCUCCACUCCUUGUAAACCGACCUAAAGUCGUAAAGAGAUGAUUUACUUUUCUCAUCGAACUCGACUCUUGUCGAAGGCGAAGCUACCACCUUACCUCCGGCUUUCUAAAGGAAUAAUUCUUGGUCUACAGGAGAUUAACUGUUCAAGGUGAUCAUGCAUAUGGCCCAGAAAAGAUUUUCACCCCAAACUACCUCCUACCUAGGACAAAGGGGGUAGUAGUAUAAUGCUAUAACAACUAGACACUCCAUUGGCUUCUAUUGGCUAAAUUGGUUCCGUUGUGAGAUAGAGCAUGACUGGUCAUUUGUUUUCCAAAAUGGGACGGAAAUAUCAGGGUGGUUUUUUUUCCGUACUCGUUCCUCUAGCAUUGAUGAGUUUGAUAGUCUUCAAUGCACAUGAAUUCAAAAGAGCAGGAAGAAAUAUUUACGUGUAUAUUCAUCCUCGCAGUAGAUCAGCGGUGAACUCAAAUACUGUGUAUGGAGGUAAUGAUCAACCACCUGUGCAUGUGAAGAGGCUUCUAGCAAAUGAAGAGAUUACAGUCUCUUUAAAUUAUACCCCACAGGACAUGAACACGGCCAUAAAUGGGGUCACUUACCACGAGAACCGUGUGCUUUAUAAGUUUUAUAAAGCUACGCAAGAACCGUCAUAUGACUGUGUAAUCAGAAUCCUCAAGUAUCGCAGACCAAAAGCUGAAGAAGUGUACAUGAAUAAUAAAAAAUGGAUGAGGACCAAAUGUGAAGGUAUGCCUUGCAGUGUAGAAACAAGAUAUAGUCUGAAUUUAGAGGAUUUCUUGGAUGCAGAUGUUGUGGUUAUAAUGCCCGGACCAUUUGCCAAAUUUGAGUGGAGGUCUCUCCUAAAAGCAAGGCCCCCAGGCCAAUUAUGGGCACUAUAUUCCAGAGAAAGUCCUGUGCAUGAGCCUCAGUUCACUCCCCCAUCCGCGCUUUUCACAGGUAACCCGUACAACCUCAGUAUGACAUUUAGAUCAGGGUCUGACAUUGAUUUGUCUUAUGGGCAUUUUGUGAGGAAUGUUCCCAGCAAUGUGAAAGGAGGAACAAAAUCCAGGCUAAUGAUGUGGAUGGCUUCAAGAUGCGAACCGUUAGGAUGGGAGAGAACCAAGUUUGUCCAUGCUCUGCAGAAGCAUCUUCAAGUAGAUAUUUAUGGAAAGUGUGGCACAUUUGAGUGUCCAAAGGAUGACUGGGACAGCUGCUUGGCAGUGAUGCAGAAAUACAAGUUCUACCUGUCUUUUGAGAACAGUGAAUGUGUGGAGUACAUCACUGAGAAGUUCUGGAGCAAUGCUUUUGCUACAGGCAUGGUUCCCAUUGUAUAUGGUGCAAGGAAAGAGGACUAUGUAAGAACAGCACCACCUAAUUCCUUCAUUCAUCUCAAUGACUUUGCUACAAUGGAAGAGUUUGUGGGAUACAUUAAUUUAUUAGAUAGGAAUGAAACACUUUAUAAUAAGUAUUUUGAAUGGAGGAAGUUGGGGAGAACUUAUAUGGGAACAGGGUUCAGAACUGCAUUGAGUCCUCCAAACCUCUGUAACUUGACCAAAAAGCUAGUGGAGAUUACUUUGUAUCCAGAAAAUUCAUGGAGAGGGAGAGUUCCUGAUUUUGCAAAGUGGUGGAAUCCUACAUGUAAGCACCAGACUGAAUUAUUGGGUGUGAGUAUAUAGAUUGGGAUAAAGGUGCAGAGUUUAUAGACAGUAUUAUGAGAAGUCAAUGAAAUCGGAGUUUAACCCUAUCUAUUCACGCAAUAUUUUUGCAGCGUGAAUUUUUUUUACUGCGCCACUCGCCGACUUUUGACUUUCAAGUCUUGCGCAUCCUUUGAUACCAAAGUUGCGACGCCCGGGUACAUGAUUUAAUGAUUUCGAAAUUAUGCAACAUUUUGUAAGUGCAUGUCAGUCCAAAAAUUACUCAAAAGGUGAUUUUAUGUUCAAAGUCUACGCAAAUUGUGUUUUCAACCAAAAAUAAAAACUGUAUGAUUAUUUUAAGUUUUUCUGGUCUAAAUGAAUUUAUUUUAUGCUGUUCAUGAUUAUAAAAUAGUCCCCAACAAAGUUCAUCGAAAAACAAUGAAAAACAAAAGGUAAAAAAACAACAAUGUAAUACGUAAGAAAUUGAUCUGAUUUUUUUACAUUCAUUUGCCAAGAACACCCCAAAGAGUUUCUAAGCCAAGUUGGAUCAUUUGUAGCUCUGGUAUGAUUUUGCAUUAUUUAUGCAUAAUUUAGCAUCAUUCGUGAUUUGCAUGAAAUAAAUUGAUACAGAAUUUUGUAGAUUAUGUCCCAGGCAACCUGCAUGCCAAUUUUUGGUGUGAUCAACGGCCAAGAUUCAGAUUCAAGUUUACAGACAGUAUUAUGAGAAGUCAAUGAAAUGGGAGUUAAGAUGAAACUGGUGCACUGUUCAUACUUUAAAACCAUUAUAAAAAAAAGUUGUCAAUUUCUUUGAUGGGUAUUUUUGAGUUUGAAUGAGAGGUAAAUUGAUGCGAAUCAGUAAAACAUGAAUUAUAUUUGUAAGUCUAAGAAUUUAUAAAUGCCCAUGCCUACAAGUAAUAUUGUGCCAAAUGCUCAAAGUAGGAAAUGAAAAGAAUUACUGAUUUAUUGGUUACUAUCGCAAAAAAUAGAUACAAAUGCAACUCUGAACUGAACUCUGUAUAGAAUGUUUGUUAGCUGCCAUUGUACGAAUACUAACCAAAAUUUGCAAAUGACUGCCAGUGAACAUCUCAUCAGUAGAAAAAUCUAGUGUAGAAUCUGUGACUGCAAUAUCAUUUUGUGUUUUGAUAUUGGAAAUCAUAAUCAAGGAUUAUGAAUUAUUUAAAGGGUACCUCAGGCAGAAUAUCUUAAUUUGAAAUUUUGAAUAAAUAAAGUAAAAUUUGACAAGCAUAAUUAUGAAAAUUUUAUGAAUAUAUAAAUAGAAAUGAUUGAUUCAAACAAACAUCUUUCGAUUUUGAUAGAAAUUAUUGUUUGCUUUUUGUCGUAAAUUAUGAUUGAGCAUCCUAAAAAAAUCCAACCUGUGGAAUGUUGAAUUAAAUGGAAAAAAAAUAGAGAAACAGAUACAUGUACAUUAUAGUUUGAACAAAAUUGAAUUAAAAAAAAUUGU